CUUAUUGCUCCUCCUCCCUUCCUCAGCAACUGAAAAUAGUCUUUUUGAAAAGAGGGCAAUAUAUUUGAAGACAGAAACCAUCGACAUAGCACCUGAUUCAGAAACUUUGUAUGAAAAUACUACAGCUAUCCCAGAAGCUCAACAAAGUUCUAAUCAAAUAGUUGGGACAGAAGAAAAAACUGUUCCAGUAUAUGUCCUUAUUGAAUCAAACAAUUUAAUUCUGAACUGCUUGACUGAAAAACUAUUAAUGCAGAGAAUAAUUGAUCCCAAAUACCACUGGACUGGACCUCUGGGGACCAUAACUAAAGAAUCAAACAAAUUUAUUCUGAGUGAUGAUGGUAACUUGGAGAUUUAUAAUGUUAAGGGCAGUGAUUCUGGGAGGUAUACUUGCAAAGUAAAAUAUAUAGAUAACACUGAACAAAUGACUACAGAAAUCCAUUUCAUGGUGUAUGUAUAUCAUAUACCAGACAAGAGCAUAUAUCUGUCAUCUGAAUUCACAGCUGGAACCUGCAAGACUAAUACAGUUGUGUCCUAUGAAAAAUAUCUCUUAGAGAAAUUGGAGAGCUUAAUUUCCAACCUGAAUUGUGAGAUCAAACAGUGGAGUGUCCAGUGUCAUACUUCUACAGACACAUUGGAAAAGAUAACAUAUAAGCUUACUGUUCAGUUUGGAGUAUUCCCUUUCAUGCUGACUGUAGCGGAAGCCUGUAAAGGUUCUCAAUGUGAAAAUUCUACAAGCAACAUCAGAAAGGCAUAUGAAAAUAUCAAGGAAUUCUUUGAAGCACAAAAGACUGACUCCUCUCACACUGAUCAUUUGCAUUUUAUUCCUGGCACUCUCACUGGUGUUAAAGUGGAUCAUUGCAAACCAGGGUUUGGAAAAAACAUAAAUGUAAUGAACAAUAAUACAGUGUGUCCUGGGUGCUGUGUAGCAUGUCCACCAGGUAGAUUCAGUGCAAAAUAUGAUACAGUUUGCAUAUUGUGUCCUGCUGGGUCCUAUAAUGAAAGGUAUGCCCAAGUAGAAUGUGAAAAUUGUCCAGAAGCAGAGAGCAGUGAUGGAAAAGGUGCAAAAACAGAAAGUCAAUGUCAUAGAAUUCUACCAAUGUGGAUGGCGUUUUUAAUAUCUUCCGCAGCAACCUGUAUUAUUCUUGUGACAACUUGGGCCAUCAUAAUCAAGUGUUGUAAAAAAACAAUAGCUGCCCAGUACAUCAGAGAAGCAGAGUCUGACAUUAAGAAGAGGCUGCAGGAAUUUGCAAAUAUUGCCAGUGACACAGAAAUUCAAGAGCAAAGAAAUAAAUUAAGUCCCAUCAAACUGCAGGGAAACAAGGGUGACUUUCUAGAAGAAGAAUCAAUGGCAUUAUUAAGCACACCUUCUACAUCUUCCCCACUUGCUGGUACAAGCUUGUCUCCAGAUCAAACAAGACUAAGUGAAUUAGAAACUAGCUUUGAAGACCACUCAUCACCCACUCUGGAAAAUAAAAAUAAUGUAGUUCCAAAUAACCUGCCACACAACCAACAGAGACUCAUUGGAAUAAUGAAAACCAAUUUGCCUUAAGUGAGAUUCUUACACUUAUGUGAGAUUCUUCAACGCUUUGCAUGAAUCUGCAGUGAGACACAGGAGAUACAUGAAUUGUUACCUAAAGAUUGCAUAUGGAAAAACUGAAAAAUUGAUGUGCUUAAUGAGAAACUGAAAAGCAGGAGAAAGCACUAUCAGUCUCUCAGAAUCGCCAACAAUAAAUGUGAAUUUUACUAGACAUUAUAGUAUUGCUUAAAAGAGAUGUGUAUUAAAAGUACACUCAACUCCCCAUGCCCCCAAAUGAGAUUUUCCAGAAUACUACAAAUAGUUAUUAAGGAAGUUUAUCUUACAGCAAUCGCUGUAAAACAAAACAAGUUAGACCAUGUGAUGCUUUAGAACAAGUGGCAACUUGUGGAUUCAAUAAAGGUGUGUGGAUGUGUAUAUCUAACUUUGGUGGGUUAUAGACUACCGCUUUGAGGCGGUCUGCCGCCGCCGCUGUUUGCUCCGUAAGGGAGCUGCUGCAGCCA